UUGCGGGGAGGAGGCGUGGGGUCGUGUGCGAACAUUGCGGAUGUUUUGCAUCAUAUAAGGGGGUUUAGUUUGUUAACAGGACGGUUUUUAGAACGCCAAAUUACCUAAUCCAUGUACCAAUUUUAAGAAACUCGCGGGAUUGGGAGCCUUUUUAAACGCUCUACCCCUGACAUCAAGAUGCUGCCAAUGAAAGGCCUUGCCAGAGGAGCCAAGAGCAAGGUGUGCAAUUGGUGUCUGGAGCCUAAAAUGUCCUUGAAAUAUGUUCUUCCAACUCAGACAAGAAAAAAGGACUUCUGCUCUGAACUGUGCCUGACUGAAUACAGAAAGGCUUACAACAAGAGCGCGUGCGUCCACUGCGACGACGUGGUGCGCGGCGAGCCAGUGCGCGAGCCGGGCGAGGCGGGCCGCUCGCUGCUGUUCUGCUCGGCAGACUGUCGGGCCCGCCACCAGGCGGCUUCCAUCGCUUCCCCGCUGCUGCCCGCCUUCGGCAACGGCUCCACACAAAAGCGAGCCCACCGUCCGUCGAUGGCGUCGAUGGCGAUGCAGGAGGCGAUCCAGCAAUUCGACUGGGAGGAGUACCUGCGCGAGACGGAGAGCCGGCCGGCGCCGCAGCACUGCUUCAAGCAGCGCUCGCAGCCGCCCUCCAACGAGUUCCAGGCGGACAUGAAGCUGGAGGCGCUGGACCCGCGCAACGUCACCUCCACCUGCAUCGCCACCGUGGUGGGCGUGCUGGGGCCGCGGCUGCGGCUGCGGCUCGACGGCGGCGACAACAAGAACGACUUCUGGCGUCUGGUGGACUCUAACGAGAUCCAUCCCAUCGGUCACUGCGAGAAGCAUGACGGCAUGCUGCAGCCCCCGCUCGGUUUUCGCAUGAACGCCUCGUCGUGGCCAAUGUUCUUGCUGAAGACGUUAAACGGCGCAGAAAUGGCGCCCGAGAAGGCAUUCAAGAAGGAGCCUCCCACGCCCAGCCGCAACUUUUUCGAGGUCGGCAUGAAGCUGGAGGCCGUGGACAAGAAAAAUCCGCAGCUGAUCUGUGCCGGCACCGUCGGGGCCGUGACGGGUGAGAUGAUCCACAUCACGUUCGACGGCUGGCGCGGCGCGUUCGACUACUGGUGCCGUUUCGACUCGCGCGAUAUCUUCCCGGUGGGCUGGUGCAGCCGCAGCGGCCACCCGCUCCAGCCGCCCGGACAGAAAACGGCGGCUGUCAGCGCGCGCUACAAGGCGGGCGACAGCCGGCCGGCGCCGGGCUCUGCCACAGUAUGUGUGUACGUCAACCACGGCUGCACGUGCGGCCCGUACCUGGACGGCGCACGCGUGACGCAGCUGCCUGAGCGGUUCGGGCCGGGCAACUUGAACCGCGUGCUGCGCGAGUGCGUGCAGGCGUGCGUAGACGCGGCCCAGCGGCCGGCCCAGGUGCUCGGCCUUCUUCAGACCGGCGACGGCAAGGUCCAGAUCACAGCCGGCUCCGGCGGCCAGCAGCUGACCGCCCGUCUGCCAGCCAUCGAGAAGGACACCCAACUGUGGACCUUCCUCGAGGCGCUGUUCGAGGAGCUCAUGUGCUGUGAGAACUUCUACACGGCCGAACCGCACGGCGCCGGCUGCAGCAAGUGCGCGAAGGUGCCGCCCAAGACGACGGCGUCGGCGGCGACCCGUGCCACUGGCGGCGCCUCCCGCGCCCGCCACAGGUCGCCAGAACACCCGCCUGAGCCGCCGCCCUCGCGCCGGGCGGCCAAGCGGCGCUGGUCGUCGCACAGUUCGGACUGGCGCGCCUCGCGGCCGCGCUCCAGCACGCCCGAGUCGCACCACGCCGCCAAGCGGCACUCGACGUCACCAGAGGAGGAUGAAGCGGCCACUUCCACUUCGGAGGUGCCUACUCGUGCCCUGCUCUCGGUCGACCCGCACACCUGGACCAUCGACGAGGUCAUCCAUUACAUAUCCCAGCACGACGCCACGCUCGGCCAGUACGCCGAGCUCUUCCAGAAGCACGAGAUUGACGGCAACGCGCUGCUGCUGCUCACGUCCGACAUCAUGAUGAAGUACAUGGGCCUAAAGCUGGGGCCGGCGCUGAAGAUCUGCAACAUUAUCGCCAAGAUUCAGACCGGGCGCGGACGGCGCCACGCCAGCCUCUCAUAGGCGGUCGGAGGGCGUGCUCCGACAAGCCACUCGAGUACCUGCCGCCACGGAUACCUCCCCGCCGCCGACCGGCCCCCUCCACUGAGCGGGGCGUGCUGUUGGCCUCGGGCGCACCGCGAUUCGGAGCGCCGCGGCGUCAGGCUGGUGGUCAGCGCCGCGGCGUCAGGCUGGUGGUCAGCGCCGCGGCGUCAGGCUGGCGGCAGCGCCGCGGCCCGGUCAGCACCCCGCAGUGUAUGGUGCGUCCCCAGCCCUAGCCGCAGCCGCUGCCGCACGGCCGGGGCGGGGAACGCCGGUCGCGUCGGCUCGCUCCACUCGGCCCGGACGAUCCGGUCCGCCUGCUCCGGUCCACCACACACUCGCUCCACCUGCUCCGGUCCACCACACACUCGGCCCGCCUGCUCCGGCUCGCUCCACUCGGCCUGGACGCUCCGGUCCGCCUGCGCCGUCAGCGAUCGGACGUCGGCUGACGAUGCUCUCGUGACGUCAUCAGUUUGGCAACAGUGGCGCCCCUCCUGACCUCAUGAUGUUUUGUACAGUCCGUAGUACCAAGCAGCGUUAUGUUUUGGGGUAGAUCGUCCAUCUUUGGAAGAAAGAAUGUUUCGCCUCGCUUCAUUCUAGAGACAGGUUGUCUCGCGCAGCGUAGGCAGCGAUCGCUUAGCGUAGUUCCACCAGUAGGGUUGAGCAAUGAUGUUUUCACGAGUCCACAUAGUUUUGUUGCACCAGGUGACUAGCUUGAGGUAGCACUAGUUUUACUUCGCCUUGCGGGGACGUGUUCAGACUCUGUUUUUCCCGUCAGAGGUUGACCGUCUCAUCUGUACACCAGUACAACAGCGGUCUUAAGUUCUGCUCGUGCGUUGGUUAGGCGCUCCAGUUCGUGGUGCAUCGGUGCCGGAGUUUUGUUAGCCGCAUAGCGUUAUCUAUUAAAUUGCGGCUUCUCCCUGACUGCGCGGUAUGUUUUAUUUUCCAUGUGGAGCU